CAGCAACAGAGGCAGCUCGUCUUCUUCAAAGCUGGACAUUUAGCCUUUAAAUUGCCUUCUACAUUCCGCGGUUCUUCGUUCAUCUCGUCGUUUUACAAUGACCACUAAAGUGAGCCGUUUGAAUUCCGCCGUGUCUGCUGACCAGUACCUCGCGGACAGUAAGGUGCUGUUCUACCUGAGCGACGCAGUCAACCAGCUGCUGGAACACAAGGAAGAAUACACUCAAUUUGGCGUAGUGCGCUACUUUGCUGAAUACUUUAGCAGUGUGAAGAACGGCAAUCACGUCCUGUUUCGAGAGUAUAACUUUGUCAGAGCCACUCCUCACAACAGAGCCUCCUUUAUCAAAGUCUUCUGGAGAUGCUUUCGACAGGUCGGCAAGAGAGGAGACUUGCUGUCCGUCCUGGAAUUCAAGUCUCUGCUGCAGUUACUGUGUCCUGACUUUCCAGUGGAGAUAGUUCAAAGGGCAGCCAGAAUUGUCCUGAUGGACGAUGCCAGUGACUGUCUGAUGUCUUUUUCUGACUUCCUGUAUGCCUUCCAGCUCCAGUUCUUCUAUCAAGAGUUCCUGGAAAGCAUGCUGGAAAUCUAUCAGGAGCUGUUAUCAGGAAAAAGUCCUAAUACCGUCAUCGUCCCAACUUCCACCUCCAUUGAGCAGUUUUGCUUUGUCGGUGCCAAGGAAAAUGAAAGGGAGGAGCUCUCUGGAGUGGAUCCAUCCACUUUGGCUCAGUGUAUUGAGGCUGCAUGUGACACGUUUAAACACAGUCAUCCUCCAAUUGCCUGUGUUGGUGAGGUGUUGGAACAAGCUGACAAAGUGUUUUACGACAGUUUCCUGAUGAGUUUGGCCAAACAUGAAACCAUCAACACCAGCAUUGGGGUGUUACCCAGUGAAGCAGAACUAUUCAUUGAUCCAGAGAUGGACCAGGAGCUGGAUAAACUUAUUGCUCAGAUCUCAGUCAGUCCCGGCAGCAACAGCAGCAGCAGUGCAGUGGGCGGAGUGAAGGAGGUGCAGAGGAAGGCCUCGCCCAGAAGGAACAUCCACCACAGGAGAAGGAUGGAGGUGGAGAGCGAUGGCUCCACAGAGGAGACCGACUCCUCUGAAAACUGACUUCCUGUCACCUGUUUGAUGCUGACUCCACCUCCUGGAGCGUCCUGACUCCACCUCCUGUUUCAGGCUGCUUCUGUCUCCUGGAGGGUGCUGACUCUGCCUCUU